UUUUAUUUAGAUACAAGGACAGUGAGAUCACAGCCCUUUUAGAUAGUGAGAUUCCAUAGCCAGAGUGAUGUCGACCAAUUGUUCUGCCAAGAGAGUAAAUGUUGCCUGGGCAGCGGCGAAGUUUUAACUCACGUUCUAAGCACAAACAGCAUACAUCUGAGCAUUCGUUAUCGUAAUAGGUCCUUGUAAGAUUGGCUGUCUCUAAGCAUUUUUGCAGCUGGCGUGUUUCGUUUCGUGUUAGGGUAACACCAGAACGCUUCGGUUUACCGUUUUCACUCCAAAUGCGUACCACAAGCAAGUCAGAAGGGCACGAAUGUACAUAAACAUAUUUUUCCAGUUCAGCUUCUUUGCUGCAAUUGCCCUGAUGAAGCUGAAGGGAAGAGGAUGGAAGCUUCGUUAGCUCGAUGAUCACCACAACAAGCAAAAACGUGUGCCACACAACGGAGAAGAGAACACACAAACAUCUAUCCAUGUCUGUUCACUCACAAUGAAAUGAGAGGGCUUAGUACAAAUGUACAUUUUUAUUUCCCUGAUACAUGAGCGGUGAUUAUUUUUUUUUAUGCUCCAUUGUGCACCAGUCGAUGUUUGAAGAGGUCAAGUGUUAGCUUGCUGAUGUAGCCUGUUAAGUAGUGCCAACCUUCAGACUCGGCUUGUUCCAUGAAACAUAGACUCUCGGCAGCAAGAUGCAUAGCGUCAACCUCGUCAGCAUAUGUCAAAAUUUCGUCCACGUGACGUGACCAUUCAGCAAGUAAGGCAAAAGGUGAUUCCGAGGCAAACGUACAGGCGGUGUGAACUCUGGCAUACAUUGUUUUUGCAGUUUUCCAAGUAACCCUAUCAGGAGGUUGAUCUGGCAGCGCUUGAAACAACACCAUAUCCGUCACAAUUUUAAAAGCUUCCACGAGCGAAGUUUUGCCUACUUGUGUUAACCCACAUUCCAAUAUCUCUUUGUAGGAGACGUGUUUGAGACGACACACAGGCUGCAUCCGAAAUUCGUGUGUGUAACCUCUUCUCCAUCUGCCACACACAUCUCUACCUAGCACAGGCUGCUCUUCAUCUGCGUCUGAUGAUGACAACCAUGCGCCAUCAAGCCGAGGAUCAACCUCAGGCCAUGUUGUGUCAUCGGCGGCUGACUUGUCUUGACUGGUCAUUACAAACCAAGUUCAUUCUAUACAGCAAGAGGAGAAAGCAAAUUGUCAACAUAACAGCGAAGCCUCCAUAACACAAGUAAGCUAUGUCAUCCGUCAUGGAAAAGUUGGAUAAACUGAAAAAAUGUGGUGACGGUGAAAUUCAGAAAAUGAGCAACAUACCCAAAAACGAAAAGUUCGAAGUGCUGGACAUUCAGAAAAUUGACACUAUGUAUGGCGAGGCCGUAUACGUGGAGCUCCGCAUGGAAAACGACAAGCCAGUGAAAGUGUAUCUACCUGGACGCUUCAAAAAAUUGUCGGAGGAAGAGCUAGAGGAAAUGCGACUGCUUCCAAAUCUCAAAAUGGAGAAGAAAGAACGGUUUACCAAAGAUGGUAAAAAAGUCAUUUCGCCAGAUAUUAUCUUCACCAAUUCGAAGAGAAAGUGAUGAGAUAUGGUGACGUGUCACUUAUGCUCCCAGCACGAACGGCAGUAUUAUGCAACAGCAUUAGGUCUUCAGAUUCACUUGGCAAAUGUUCACAAUCUUCAAGCCCCCUGCAUUCCUUUUUGUGAGACUUUGUGCACACUGCGAAACUAUACUAAUCGGUUCGAGCUACAUUUACACGACAGGGACGUUAGCGGACAUGAUGUUACAACCUUUUUUCACGAGUACAGACAGUACAUUGCUGAUGUCUUACGACACUUUGGUUUCCCACUGCGCUAUUUUGUAUUGCUUAAAGUGGAACUUGGUCGUCACACGCCAGACGAUGAGUUACAGCUCGAAAUUAGUUUCGUGCCUUCCAAAGUAGUGACAGUAUGGUCAGAGGCAGAUGUAGAACCUUCUAUCACUCAAGUGACUGCUGAAAUAGCACAAAAUUUGGAAAACCUCGAAGUAGAAGGUUCAGGUUUUUUUCUCUUUCGCAUUCAUGCCUGUAUCAUGAACAUUGGACGUUUGAUGCCUCAACUGAUUGGAUGUGCCCAGUUUGAGUUACCGCAAGAAUUGAAGCAUAAGUUUCGUUCUCUGUUGUGUGUGGACUUUGGUUUGCAUGAAGAUGAGCAGAACAUGUGUUUUGCCUUCUCUGUAAUAGCUGCACUGCAUCCUGCUACUGGUUAUCGCAGGCGUAGGGCAUCUUCGUACAGACCAUAUAUUUCUGAGUAUGUUUUUCCGAAAACAUUCCCGGUAGCUUUCCCAAAAGAGGUUGAAGCAUUCGAAAAAAAUAAUGGUAUCAGUAUCAAUGUGUACGCCUACGAAAGGGAAGACAAAUCUCUGUACCCCAUCAAGGUUGUCGAUGACGAGCGUGAGAAACAUGUGGAUCUGUUGCUAAUCGACUCUCAUUUUCUGCUUAUCACAAAUUUUAAUGGAUUAUUUCAACCUAGCGGACGGUUUCAUUGCAAGAGGUGUAUGAUGGGCUUCUCAUCAGACAGAAUCCUCAGUGAUCAUUUAAAGAUGUGUUUGCAUCAGAAGGUUGCUAAGACAAUUUACCCUAAGAAGGGAGAGACGGUAGCAUUUGCCGGGGAACAUCUCAUGUCGGAAGUCCCUUUCUACUGUGUAUAUGAUUUUGAAAGUGUUUUGUCACCUUGUUUGGAGGAAACAAACGUGUAUGAGGAUCACUGUCCUUCCUCAUUUUGCCUUUUGGUUAUACGUGCAUCCGACUCACACGUGUUGCAAAAGCAUCUUUUCCGUGGUCCUAAUUGUGUCACAGUAUUUAUGGAGCUGCUGCGGAAAUUGCAUGACGAAAUUUUAGGAUGGAUACAUGCUUUUGCACCUCUAGAAAUGACUGAAGAGAAUGAGCGUCAACAUACAGCAGCCACUCAUUGUAAUAUCUGCAAAGAAUCCUUUGCUAAAAGACAAAAAGUUCGAGACCAUGACCAUGUAAGCGGAGAAUUUCGACAAACACUAUGUCAGACGUGUAACCUGAAACUGAGAGUGCCACCCAAGAUUCCAAUCAUUGCACAUAAUGCUAACUAUGACAUGAGUUUUCUCCUGUCUCAUUUACAUCUGCUUAAGAAGUCAGACAUCAACGUGAUUGCCACCAGCUGUCAAAAAUUUAAAGCAAUUGACAUCGGCUCUUAUCGAUUCUUGGACAGUUUGAGUUUUCUGAACGCAAGCCUUGAAACACUGGUGAAAAAUCUACGUGAUAAAGGUGAAUCCAACUUUCAAUGCCUUCGCCAGUUUUUUCCAAAUGAGGAACACUUUCAGCUGGUUGUUCGUAAGGGGGUCUUCUGUUAUAACUUUGUCACCAGUUUUGAAGCCUAUGAUGAGCCUUCGCUACCACCUCGAGAUAAGUUCUUUAACAUUUUGAAUGGAACCGAAGUAAGUGAACAAGACUACAACCACGCGCAGAAUGUGUAUGAAAAAUUUCGGCUCAAGAGUCUUGGAGAGUAUUCGGACUUAUACCUUCUGACAGACACACUGCUUUUAGCAGAUGUGUUUCAGAACUUUCGAAAGUGGACACUCGAUGUGCACAAGAUUGAACCGUUUCAUUUUGUAUCCCUUCCAGGAUUAAGCAUGUCUUGUGCACUAAAAAUGAGUCAGGUAGAACUAGAACUAAUUAACGACCCCAACGCGUACCUGCUCAUCGAGAAUGGCUUACGAGGAGGUGUCACACAGUGCUCCCUGAGAAAAGCAACUGCGAAUGUGCCAGGAACAGAACAGUUUGAUCCCGAAAAAGAAAAAAAAAUAAUUAACUACAUUGAUGUAAAUGGCCUGUAUGGAGCAGUCAUGAGAGAACCAUUGCCUUACGGAGGAUUUGAGUGGCUCACUGAGGAGGAAAUUGUUAACUUGGAUAUAGCUCAGAUACGAGAUGAUAGCCCUGUGGGUUACUUUCUUGAGGUAGACCUAGUGUAUGACCGAGCAACUCAUGAACACCACAGAGAUCUUCCCGUUGCCCCUGAAAAAAUGUCCGUUCGUUAUGAGCUAUUGUCAGACUAUCAGAAGGCGCUCAUGAAGAAGUUCAAUCUUCCACAGAAAGCUACCGAAGCAAAACUGUUGCUAACAUUAUUUGAUAAAGAGAGGUACUUUCUCCACUAUCGCAAUUUGCAACUGUAUCUGCAAUUGGGGUUGCGUCUCACUAAAGUUCACAGGGUUCUCAAGUUCAAUCAAAAGCCCUUUCUGCGAUCCUAUGUCGACUUCAAUCACGAACUUCGGAAGCGAGCUACAAACGCAUUUGAGAAACAGCAAUCAAAGCUAAUGAUUAAUAGUGUAUAUGGCAGGACAUGUAUGCAAGUCAGGAAAUUCGUAAAUUGUCGCCUCACAGUAACAGAUGAGCAAGUGUUGAAGCUUCUACGUAAACCAAACUUGAAACAGUUCCGCCCUCUGAGCUCUCACGUCAUCUUGUUCCAAUUUAGUCAGUCUGUUCUUCGCAUGAAGCAACCGCUGUACCUGGGCUUCACAAUAUUGGAAUUGUCUAAGCUGAAGAUGUUUGAUUUUUAUCAUAACCAUCUUCUCCGUGUAGCCCCUGAUACACGACUGCUAUACAUGGACACUGAUUCUUACAUUGUGAUGCUGAGUGACGAUAAAGUACUCCACGAACUAGCUGACGAGCAUCUAGACAACUCUGGAUAUGACCCUGAUCACCCACUCUAUUCGACAAAAAACAGGAUGGUACUAGGAAAGUUUAAAAAUGAGCUUCCUCGUGAUCACAUUCUUGGCUUCUGUUGUCUGAAGCCAAAGCUGUACGCCCUCGAUCUGUGCAGCAAAAAGCAGUACAAUCGCGCUAAGGGUGUUAAACAAUGUGAAGCACAAAAACUCCACUUCUCUAUGUAUACGAAUGCUCUCGAGCAGGGCACAAUGCAUAAAGUUAAACAGAACCUCAUUGUGCACAAGGACAAUGUCAACAAAAGUGUGUCAGUGACAAAAAUAGCCCUCAAUCCACUGGAUACGAAACGCUUCAUUUGUGAUGAUGGAAUUGACACGCUACCUUUUGGCUAUGGUUGAAUUUUUUUAAUGUGUACGGAUUGGUCUCUCUAAUGAAGCGAUGGUGUUGGGGUGUGCACCGUCACGAGGUUUCAUUACAGAGUUGGCAUACGGGAGUAGGAGGGAACUCAUCUGUUAUCACCCCCGCAACAGAUGUUGCCCUUCUAUUCCUGGUCCCACAGAAAAAAAUUGUAAUAAAGAUGUUACAUCCAUAUAGCUAUGGUUUGUCAUAUAUUAGAACAAUGUCAUGUUAGAACCAUGAACUAAAGCUAUUGCAUUAUUCCACAUCUAUGGUUGUCAGUGUGGGAUUACUUACAACUGUGAGUUAGGAGCUAGAGGAUAUUUGUUAGCCACGAGUGAUGACUAAGCUGAGACCUGGUUUGAUGAAUUUCAUGUCUUCCUGAAGUAAUGUGUAGCUCUUGAUGUGAGUGAAAGAGAGACAGUUUGCUUUCCCAUAUUGCUGCAUGCAUUUGCGAUGGAAAUAACAACUGACUUUGUCUGCAAGUCACUGUUUGUAAAUGGACCGUCUCAGACGAAUUUGAUUAUAUGUGUGUGAAAUAACCUGUUUUCUAAGAAUUUGAUUAUAAGAGUAUGUGAUAACCAGUUUCUAAUAGCAUGUAUGUAAUCUAUAACAACGUCUUUGUUUGCAAGUCAGUGUUUGCAAAUAGCCUGUCUCAGAUGAGAGUCACUGUUUGUAAAUGAUCCGUGUCAGAAAAUUUUUGAUUAUACAGUCAAACUUCUUUACAACGAAACUCAGGGGACAGCAAGAAAAAUUCGCAGUAAAGGUAUUUUCGUUAAAAAGGAUGUCCAUUAUUGGACCUAUAGGGCUCCAGCAGGACCGCAAAAAAAUUGCUGUAGUGGUAUUUUCGUUAAAAAGGUGUUCGCUAUAAAGGAGUUUGACUGCAUGUGUAUGAAAUAACCAGUUUCUAAUAGCAUGUAUGUAAUCAUCAACAAUGUCUUUGUUUGCAAGUCACUGUUUGUAAAUAGCCUAUCUCAGAUGAGAUUUUUUUUUAUUACCAAUGAUUCAUUAUAUAGUGUGCAAAUUAAGUUGACAAAUAAAGCUCUUUUCAGGCAAACUGAAAUUUUAUUGAAUGCUCAUAGUACACUACAGCAUGACAUAUCCUCUGUUUUUCUUGGGAAAUUUUUUCGAACAAGUGUUUCUAUCAAUCUGUCAUUGUGUCUGAAGUUGGUUGGUGAAAACUUCUGAGUGCACUCUUGAAGAGAGAAACCACAGGCUAGAAGACUACCUACAUACAAGCAGUACAGUCCACAUGUAGCAGAUCCAUAUCCCUGAAGUCGUUUUGCAUUGUAGUGAAAGGAAGAUGUUGGGUGAAUAAACUGGUAAAUUUCUUUGCAAACUGGUCGUAUGCCGUAGCUGUCGAAAUAAGAAAUGCUGUUGUUCUUAGAGAUGUAACAUAAGGUCCAGUGUUCUCCAGGAGAGGAUCUAGGAGCUGUGUUUACAACAUACAGCCCUGGUUCAGCUUUUUGACUUGCAAUUUCAUUGCAUGCAAAUGUUCCACGAAACAGUGGCCUUGUGCAGUGAUUUCGAGCAAAGGCUGCAUAAAAUUCCCAUUCCUCCAUUUUUUUUCUAUACGAAUUUGACUCGUCUGUCUUUGUUGAUUUCUAGCACACGAGGUGUUUCUGAAACAAAGAGAACUGUAACAGCCUCUGUAAGAUUUCCACCAAAUGUUAGGGUGAGACGAACAUUGGCUUGUACCACUGGACUCAGCGACUGCACUUCCACAUCUGGAGUGAGAUGGUAGUAGAGCAUAAACGUUUCUUUCUCAUAUGCAGCCGGAGCUAGAGGUAUGUCUUUCCGCUUCAGCUUGUGAAGCAAAUUCAUAUAUCCUUUAGAGUAGAUCGAUCGUUGAAAGUCAAAGUCAUCUGUGUACUGUUGUCCACCAACAUCAAGCACAGCUCUCUUAAGCUUGAAAUUUUCAAGUUUAAAUGGAUUCCUUUGUCUGUUAC